AUGCUAGCAGUCGGCUUGUUUGCCGAGAAUGAACCGUUGGAGAAUACAACCCAAGGACGGGCUGGAGUGUUUCACGGGGGAGGUUUCUACUUGAUGGGAAUACAAAUGCUCUCGAUUGUUUGUCUAGUAGCGUGGAGUGCAGUGACCUCAUUUCUACUACUUAUGGUUAUCAAGUACACAGUGGGCCUUCGUCUGAGUGAGGAGGAGGAGCGUCUUGGUGCGGACAUCGUCGAACACAACAUUGGUGCGGAUAUGUAUGGAGGUCAGUUCCUUGGUAGACCGGACAGUGUCUAUGCACUGGGUCGACGAGACACGCUUCUGUCAUGUAACCAGGUCCCCAGCGGCGAAACAACAGCAGGCGACACCAACGACUCCACUAGACGCCGGGACUCUGUCGCUUCCAGAAAGUUAAAGACCGUAUCUCCCGGGCCGGUUCAACAGCAACGCAGACCGCUUCGACGGCAGGACAAAGUAGUGCCUCAUAGUAUACCAGGCCAGUGUAUUCUGUACCA